AUGGAUCACGUGCACAUGUCCAUGAAAAGCAGCAAGAAGAUGAAUAUGCACAUGGUGAGCUUUUAUUGGGGAAAAGAUGCCACAGUCCUUUUCUCUGGCUGGCCAAACCACAGCCUCGGCAUUUACAUAUUAGCUAUCUUCCUCACCUUCCUCCUAGCUCUGCUUUGUGAGCUUUUCUCUAAAAAACCAACCCUAGAACCAGGGACUAGCCAUCUCCUUGGAGGGUUGUCCCACUCUGUUUUCUACUUCUUUCAUAUUGGCUUCCAUUAUUUGGUGAUGCUUGCUGUUAUGUCCUUCAACUUUGGCAUCUUCAUCGCUGCUAUAGUUGGCCACACCCUUGGCUUCCUUAUCUUCAAGUAUCGAGCUAUUCACUGCACCAACAAGGCAACAAGGACCCCGGCGUAUGAUGAAAGACUAUUUAGGGCAGAAAACUUCUACAAAUAG